GGCGCCAAUGCCUCUGCUUUGGAGAAAGAGAUUGGUCCUGAACAGUUCCCGGUGAAUGAGCAUUAUUUUGGCUUGGUCAAUUAUUGCUACGCAAAAGAAGAAGGUGGGAGUCAUCCCACCCAAGAAAUUUAUUUCCCGAUUGAGGAAAGAAAAUGAAUUAUUUGAUAAUUAUAUGCAGCAGGAUGCACAUGAAUUCCUAAACUACCUACUUAACACUAUUGCUGACUUACUACAAGAAGAGAAGAAGCAGGAGAAGCAGAAUGGCAAACUCCAGAACGGCAGCAUUGAGAGUGAAGGAGGAGACAAGACUGAUCUGACGUGGGUCCAUGAAAUCUUCCAAGGAACACUAACCAAUGAAACCAGAUGUCUUAACUGUGAGGCUGUUAGUAGCAAAGAUGAGGACUUUCUGGAUCUAUCGGUUGAUGUGGAACAAAAUACAUCAAUUACGCACUGUCUAAGAGGGUUUAGUAAUACUGAAACUCUAUGCAGUGAAUAUAAAUACUAUUGUGAGCAGUGCCGCAGUAAACAGGAAGCACAGAAAAGAAUGAGAGUGAAAAAGUUGCCCAUGAUUCUAGCUCUGCACUUAAAAAGGUUCAAAUACAUGGACCAGCUGCAUCGAUACACCAAACUCUCCUACCGUGUAGUCUUUCCCUUGGAGCUCCGGCUCUUUAACACUUCAGGAGAUGCUACAAAUCCUGACAGAAUGUAUGACCUUGUGGCUGUAGUUGUUCACUGUGGCAGUGGUCCAAAUCGUGGACAUUAUAUCACCAUUGUGAAGAGCCAUGGCUUUUGGUUGCUGUUUGAUGAUGACAUUGUAGAGAAAAUUGAUGCCCAGGCCAUUGAAGAAUUCUAUGGGUUAACAUCAGACAUUUCCAAAAACUCAGAAUCUGGAUAUAUCCUCUUCUACCAGUCAAGAGACUAAGACAAAAGAUUACGUGUAUACAAAUAAAAGAAAAAAGGGAUCAAGAUAUGUCCAAAUGGAACAUAUUUGUGACAGCAGAAGCAGUUCCUCAUUGUUGCUGUAGGACCAGGACAGAUCCAGCAGGGCGAAUAAAGGUUUCUCCCUGCCAUUUCGUGGAGGAUUAGUGCUGACUGCCGUAACAAGAAGAGCUUUUGUUCCAGUUUUCUUUCUGGGCUUUUUUUACGUGCUAUCUUCCAAAAUCUGUGUUACCUCUACUUGAAACCUGGCUGCUUAUUUGUUCAUGAACUGAAGAAGAGAUUUAAAAGUAGCAUUGUAGAAUUUUUACCAUUUAAUGUUGGCCUGAGGCUAUACCUUGGUUUCUACCAUCGUCGUUUUUCUGUAUUUUAGCAGAAUGAUUUCAAUAUUCAGUGUCAGCUGAAGGAAUAUUUUAGGAUAUGAACAGCAGCUGGUUGCUGGAUAUUUUUGGUGACUCAGACUUGAGAAGCAGUACAAAGCUAAGACAUAUUGGAAAUGUCAAGUCUGUAAUUUUUAUAAAAAAGCAGACAAAAAACUCUCUCUGCAGCAUUGUAAAUUUCCCCGUUAUGCAUUAUCUUGGGUUUAGAUAACACUAACAGCACUGCUUCUUUUUAUACUUUUAUUUUUACUGUUCUGUUUCCUCUUCAGAAGGUAUAGAACUUUGUCCAUAUUCAGCCUCGUCUGUUGUGCGUUUUUCUUUUGAAGCAGAAGUUUUGACUCAGAGCCACGUUGCUGCAGAUUUAAGGGGAGCAGAAAAGCAGUUACCGUUUGGAGAAUAUGUCUGGCAACCAGUUGCUGUAGAAAGUUUGAAGUGACAGCAUUUCUUGGAGCUAUUGCGUAAACCAAAAGUGCCCUCGUUCUGAAACAGGAUCCGUUCAACGUUUCAUUCAAUACACAGUAAACUGAUGCAACUAGCGUUUUGAAUCUAUGCUAAUACACAGAGACAGCACUAAUUGUGAAGGGUUAACCAAGGGAAGCAUUAUUUCUGUAACUAAUCCGGUUCUUCUUAAGUCUUCAAGAUAAUGAACAAGUAAGAAGGAAAA